CCAAUCAAGAAAGAUAAAUUGCACAGUAAUACACCUGACCUUGUAUUAGUGUGACUGAAGCAGAAGAAGAAAAUUUGGGCGAUUGAAGUGCAAUCCAUGUAGGAAGCUGCUUGGAUAAUUGAAUGGUGCUCUGUCAUCAGGUUCGGUGGAUGGCCGCCUGUGCGGUUAAUGAAGACUUCUUUCCCAACACCAACAGCAUUGUCUUUACAGUACGUCCCAAUGGAAUUGGAAUGUCCUCUCGCCAUCGCCCAGAAUUUCAAAUGACUAGAAACAUGAUAGUUUCGACUGGACGCAAGGAACAACUCUCCUUGCGUCGUCAUGGUCUCCAAAGAGUUGAUAGGGAGCUGUCGAGGGGAAAUUUCAAGACUGCGCUUUCAAUCGUUAAGCAGUUGCAGGAGAAGCCUGGGGGUCUCUGUGGUUUUGGAGCUGCAAAGCUGCAGGUACCUCGAAGUGUUAAUACAUUAGAUGAAUUGAAGCUGAUUGGACCGGAUAUAUUACCUUUACUGCCACUGGUGGAUCCAUUACUGGAGUUAGUGGACAGAAGUCUUAAAAUUGCCACACUCGAGUCAAUCUCUUUUAAUGAACUGGAGAGUUCAAUACUUGACACAGAUUCUCUUUGUGAAGAAAAACAUCUAAUGUGCAUGCAACAUGAAGCUGGUCAUUUUCUAAUUGCCUACUUGCUUGGGAUUCUUCCAAGAGGAUAUGCGGUACCAAGUAUAGAAGCCUUCUGGAAGGACAAAUUCAUAGUGGGAAAAGUAGAGUUUGUAGGUUUUGAGUUUCUUAAAGAAGUGAACAGAGGAAAUUUUUCAUCAAAGAAUUUGAACAGAUUCUCCUGCAUAACAUUAGCAGGUCUAGUAUCAGAAUAUCUUGUGUUUGGGUUCUCUGAAGGAAGCUACUCUGACAUUGAAAAGUUGAACAGAAUAUUCAAAUGCUUGGGCUUUACAGAGAAUGAAGCAGAUUCUCAGGUGAAAUGGGCACUACUGAACACUGUAAUACUUCUACAUCGUCACCGUGAAGCUAGAUCAAAACUUGCAGAAGCCAUGGGGCUGGGAAAAUCCGUAGGCUUCUGCAUCAAUACAAUAGAAAACUCUAUAAACGGAGGAUGCAUUUAGAGGCAAAGUAAGGAUUUCUGGUACCCAAAAUUGUUGGCAGUUCCCUGCAUUUUGUUGACACAAACGUGCCAUUGCGCUUGCGCCACAAGCCUUCCAACCUUUCCCAAUGUAAAGUUAAUGGUUCAUAUAAUUCACGCGAACCCUACUAAUAGAUAUGUAAAAGCCUUCCAUCAAAACAGUCAAUUUUUUGCAGAAAUACCCACACUUGAAUGAUUAAUAGAUAUGUAGAAGCUGGUGGGGUCGUGUUGAUUGGUAAAGAUAUAAUACAUUUUCACAAAUUCAGCAAUAUUGCCUAAAACAAAUGUCAUUUGCAGCCAAGCUCAGUUUGGAAAGAGUACAAAUGCAAAUGUGUCCAGCGUAAAUACAUACAAAAUAUAAGGUUCUACACCCUACAUAUUUGCAUAUGUACUCCUUCCUAACUCAGCCCAAAAUAACAAAGACUCGUUCAUCUGGAUCACAAGCCGCAGCAGAACGCAUGUCGAAUGAUCCUGCAACCGUCUGUCAUGCGGUAAACAUCUCUGGCUUGGGUUAUCUCAAAGUCUGGAUACGAUGGUGCGACUGGGAAAGCAAUACAAACAGACCAUUGCACUCAAUAUUAGAUCAAAGAACCGGCACAGCAGCUUGCCCAUUAUGAUGUGUGGAAUGCAGACCAUUUAGGGGUACUCAGUCAAUAUAUUCACAUUGCAUGCAGACACUACAAUCACUAUCAUUUUUAUCUCAAUCUUCUUCUGGACAAGGAAGACGAAUUCAGAACGCCUUCAUAGAAUUAAAUUUACAACGGCAGGAACUAUUUGACGGAUUGGUAGUUAAAAACGAGAACAGGGAUUCCUUUCGCUAUCCUUCCGAUUCCCAACGACAUCAGAUGUGCUUACUAGAAUUUUGCCGGUUAUAUUAACGAAGAAAAAUUGAUGCUUAUUUUUAAAUCUGCGACUUUUAUAAUAUUGAAAGAAAAAAUAAACUAUUGAUAGAAAUUAGCCUGAUUGUUUCUAAAAACAAGCACUUUCGAUUGAUUUAGAAGAAAGGGAUAGUAACAAAAAGGGCUAAUAACUAAAUAAUA